AUGGAGGCCGACGAGCAGCUAUUCCCCAUCGCCAUCUUGAUCGAUGAGCUCAAGUCGGACGAUGUCACCCUUCGACUCAACGCCAUCCACCGCAUCUCCACCAUUGCACUUGCACUCGGCCCAGAGCGCGCCCGUGACGAGCUCAUUCCCUUCUUGCAGGACUCGCUCGAUGACGAAGAUGAAGUCCUGCUCGCUCUGGCACAAGAGCUUGGUUCCGGUUUCGUAGAGUACCUUGGCGGUCCAUCAUAUGCGCACCUCUUGCUUGGUCCUCUCGAGAACCUUGCUGCUGUCGAAGAGAGUGUUGUUCGUGAAAAGGCAGCGGAAUCGAUUGUCAAGAUCGCCGAAGUCCUCUCCGAAUCUCAGAUCGAAGAGCAGUACAUUCCACUGCUGAAGCGACUCUCGGGAGGCGACUGGUUCACAUCGCGAACCAGCUCCACUUCCCUCUUCUCCGCAGUCUACCCGAAAGCCAAGCCAGCGACCCAGGACGAGCUGCGCAAGAUGUUCACCGCCCUCUGCAACGACGAUACCCCCAUGGUCCGACGAGCCGCCGCACGCGAUCUCGGUCCUUUCGCAAAGAACCUCUCCAAGGAGCUGGUCGUCUCCGACAUCAUUCCCCUCUACCGAAAACUGUCCUCGGACGACCAGGACUCGGUCCGUUUGCUGACCGUUCAGGACCUCAUCGCCAUUGCAGAAUCGCUCAGCCACGACGAGUCCAAGAACUACCUUCUCCCUUCGAUCCGCAGCGCCGUCCAGGACAAGAGCUGGAGGGUACGUUACAUGGUCGCCGACCAUUUUGUCAAGUUGGCCUCGGCGGUGGGUGAGGAUGUGGUGCGAGACGAGCUCGUCAUGGCUUUUGUCCACCUGCUCAAGGACAACGAGGCCGAGGUGCGAACAGCAGGUGCCGGUCAGAUCCCUGGCUUUGCCAAGCUUGUCGACCAGGACAUCAUCUUGGCGCGUCUGAUGCCGUGCGUGCGCGAUCUUGCCGGUGACAACUCUCAGCACGUUCGCGCCGCGCUGGGCAUGCAGAUCUCUGGGUUGGCACCUUUGCUCGGCAAGGAGGCCACCAUUGAGCACCUGCUGCCAUUGUUCCUGCAACUGCUCAAGGACGAGUUCCCAGACGUGCGUCUCAACAUCAUCUCGAAGUUGGAGCAGGUCAACGAGGUGAUUGGCAUCGACCUGCUUUCGCAGUCGCUGCUUCCUGCCAUCGUCGAGCUGGCCGAGGACAAGCAGUGGCGCGUACGACAGGCGAUCAUCGAGUACAUCCCCUUGCUGGCCAACCAGCUUGGUGUGCAGUUCUUCGACGAGCAGCUCAGCAACCUGUGCAUGUCGUGGCUGGGUGACACGGUGUUCAGCAUCCGCGAAGCGGCCACGGUCAACCUCAAGAAGCUGACGGAUGUCUUUGGUGUCGAGUGGGCGAGGCAGACGAUCAUUCCCAAGGUGCUCCAAAUGGGCACGCACCCGAACUACCUGUACCGCAUGACGACCAUCUUUGCGAUCACGACGAUGGCGCCGUCGCUCGACACGCCCGCCAUUACGGGCGACGUGCUCGAAACCGUGCUGCCCAUGGUGAGCGACCCGAUCCCCAACAUCCGCUUCAAUGUGGCCAAGGCGUUCGAGGUGCUGUCGAGCGUGCUGGUCAAGACGCCCGAGGGUAAGGAGGUGAUCAAGACCAAGAUCUCGCCCGCACUCGACAAGUUGAAGGAGGACUCGGAUGCGGAUGUGCGCUUCUUUGCGCAGAAGGCGCUCGACGCGGCGAGUCAGCAGGCGUGA